AUGUACACGGCGGUCUUUAUCGGUAAGCCUGCCAACUACAGCCCCCGUGUUCUCCUAGGGAUCUGCGCCUUUUCUCUGCUGUUGUGUUGUGUUAUCUUCUGGUGUGAGUUCUACAGACGGUCAGAGCGGAGGUGGGGUGGCGGCUACAGGGGCAAGAACGGGAGGUGGCGGUCUCUGGGUCACGUGGGUGUACACAAGCCGCGGCUCACGAUGCAAAAACAGCACCAGGGCAUCCCGAUAUCACUUGAGAUGGAGUCCGGCGAGUUUUUCGAGUCUUACCCCCUGCACCCCUCUUCUGGUCCUGUAGACUUCUUCUCCGAUCCUCUGCUGCUGGACAGCGACAGGGAGAACCUACCCGGUGGCCAAGAGUCCCUCUAA